CACACACACACUCACUCGCUCUCCUCCCCACACACUGUAGCUUCCACUCAGCCACACUUCCUAGAGGGACUUUCCACGCCUCUCCAUCCACGCCUCUCCCCCUCCCUCUUCCGGGCGAGGAGGAGGAGAGAGAGAGAGAGAGAGAGAGAGAGAGAGAGAGAGAGAGAGAGAGAGAGAGAGAGAGAGAGAGAGAGAGAGAGAGUGAGAGACAGUGAGAGAGAGUGGCGCCGUGUCCACUUUUCUCGAGGUUAUAACGAAACCACAAGAUAUUUGGUGGAGAAAUAAUCCAUUGAACCACAUUUUGCGGAAGUGCGUGCGUGCGUGCGUGCGUGUGUGUGUGUGUGUAUGUGUCCUCCACGUCCACGCUGCCUGUGUCCGUGUGUCCCUCCCUCCCUCACUCCCUCAGUCCCUCCCUCACUGCCUCCCUCCCUCAGUGAACCAGUAACUCACUCACUCACGCUCCCUGCAGUGCCUGUCUGAAGGAGGGCGUGUGGGCAGUGUGUGUGUGUGUGCCGCGGCGCCCUGGCUGGAAGAGUGGUGCAGUGGUGGCGCGUGUAGUGUGACAGUGCCGCCCACAGAUCCAAGAGUGCUGGGACGAUCAGAGGUGCAGAAACAUAAGAGAAGGUGCCGCAAGACAGAACCAGUGAGGAAUAACGUAGCGAAGGUGGAGUGAUAGCAAACCAGUGACAGAAAACGGUGAUAAGGUGCCACGAGACGUCAAAUUUGCUAGAAAACAGAGCCAGAGGUGCCGCAGGACUCGAAAGGUGCCAGGAAACGGAGAUAAAGGUCACAAAAAUCAUAGUUAACAGUGCCGCGAGACCAAACAGGUGCCGGAAAACGCGUCCAAAAGUGCCGGAAGAAGUCCCACAAACGGUAGCUAAACGUAUCAGAAAAAUAAGUAAAUAUAUAAAUAAAUAAAACAUAAACAAAGACGCCAGGAAAACCCAAAAGGUACCAAAAAUAACGUCAACAAAGGUACCAGCAAACCCCAAAGGUAACAAAACACAUCAACAACAGUGCCACCAAACAUAGCUACCAAAUAACCGUCAACAGAUACACCACAAGGCCUCACAGAGCAAAAGAACAGAGGUAAGACUGCUACAGAACCCCAACACGUUCCAGAACCUCGAAACAAACGUGCCAAAAUGACAUUCCAUCCUGCAGUGUUCAACCUGACAGUGGUGGACCCAUCUUUGUACCCCGGGCUGCAUGGGGCACAACACCCGUUCUUCCAGGCCCCAGCGCAGCCACAGAACCCACACCUGCCUCCACACCUGCCCAACCGAGUCCCCGGAGCGCCCCCUGGAGGACUCCCUAGCCAGCAUCUGGAGGGCGGGGCAGAGGACACGCAUUUUCAGACUUUUGUGCACUCCUUACCGUCUGAGCUCCAGGGCCCCAUCGCCUUCAGGAAUGACACACAGCAGGCGCCCUUCGGUAAGCCACGCCCUGUCAUUCCACGCCUCGCCAUCCCCGCCAUCAGUAAUUCUACCUUCGUCCAGUUACCUGUGCUGUGGACGGCGCUGAGUCUGGCCUUGGGGGUGGAGGUGCAAGGGGAGGUGAUCAGAGGCCUACCGUGCAUCAAGCGGCUCAACCAACUCUUCUGCCGCACCCCGGGGAACUCCUACCCCUCGGAUAAAAUAGAACGCUUCAUCGAGGACAACAAGGCACUGAUGAGAAGAAUGUACGGCAGCUUCUUCGAUAACAUACAAGAGAUAUUCGAGCCCCAGCAGCAGCAGCGUCGCUUCCUGAGCCGCCCUGGCCGCUCUGUUAGGGAGGAUGAGGCCUUUGCAGACGAGAUUCCUGAGAUACACAAGGACUAUCACCCUGACGACCCCCGCGGCCAGUCCUUCUUUAACCUGAUCAGGAGGAAGAGACAGUCUUUUCCGGGCGAUGCCAACUCCAACUCUGACAGGGUGGACUCCUGUGAGAGCAAGGUGGAGAUUGUUACUCCCUACUGGGCCAACAACUCCGCUGGGAAGAUUCGGGCUAUUGUCAACACUAACGAGUUCUCGCAGGCUAUACACCAGGAAGUUUGCGCCAGCAAGCAGAGUACCAAGCGGUGUGGUGGUGACUGCGGGUGUGAGCAAAAAUACAAGUGGCACCGUCUUCUCGCUUAUGACCCUGACAAUGACUGCAGCGGGAUCUUCAUGGACUGGUUCCUCUUCCCCUCCUGCUGCUCCUGCCGAUGUAACCCCCUCUAGACCCCCUUAGACGCCUGUUAGACCCUCCUUCUUGUCCCACAGGCGCUUGGUGUCUCCUAAACGCCUCUUAGCUAGCCCACAGCCGCCUCUCUAAUUUCCUCUUCUCGUUUUUUAUGUUUUUCUUUAGUUAGGGGUUAAUGUUAAGUAAGAGGGUCUUCCACUUCUUUCUCUCCCUUGUUAUCUAGACUCUCUCUCCUAUCCCACGGCUGUCCAGUGACCUCUACACCCCCUCUGGUGAUCCAAGGGCGCCUGAUGACCUCCCUGCAGCGUCAUUACGGCUCUCAUUUGAAAAAAGAGGCUGAGGGAGGAAAAUUUUACAUAUCUACACUUUGUCCGGGAAACGUGUGUUCUUUAGGGGAAAAUUGUAAGGUUUUUCAGUUUUUGAUGCUGGAAAUGUAUUGGGUGUGUUGUUUUGGUAGUGGUUAUGAUUAUUUUUUGAGGGUUUGUGUUGAAUUGUGAGGUUGUGGUUUGUGUGUGUGUGUGUGUGUGUGUGUGUGUGUGUGUUUAAUAAGGUGUUUUUUUUUUUUAUAUACAGUGUUGUUUUGGUGGUGUGUUGUGUUAUGGUGAUUUCUUGACGCUUGUGUUGUUUGAUUUGUGAUUCUUUUUGGUGGGGGUGAGUGUUCUGUGUGUGUGUGUGUGUGUGUGCGUGUGUGUGUUUUUUUUUUUUUCUUUCUUCCUAUGUUUUUUUUUUUUUUUCGGAUCCUUCUUGAUUUUUCUCUUCCUUUCUUCUUCUUCCUUCUUCUUCUGCUUUAGUUAUCCUUUCACUGGUUUUCAUUCUUAUCUAAUUGUAGUGGAAUGAUUUUUUUUGUUUUGUUUUUUUGUUUCCCUUUCCAUAAUUUUCUCUUUUUUUAAUCUGUUAUCAUCUUCUCUCUUUCUCUCGUUGUCUUGUUUCUUCUUUUAUUUUUCACUGCUUCUUUUUUUUCUCUCUCCAUUGUUGUCUUUUCCUGCUUUCUUUUGUCUUGUUUUCAUACUUUUCCUGCUCUCUCUCUCUCUCUCUCUCUCUCUCUCUCUCUCUCUCUCUCUCUCUCUCUCUCUCUCUCUCUCUCUCUCUCUCUCUCUCUCUAAAAAAAAAAAUAUAGAUUUUAAGAAAGGAAGGACAUGAACGAAAGAAGGAAGGAAGGAAGGAAGGAAGGAAGCAAGGAAGGAAGGAAGGAAGGAAGGAAGGAAGGAAGGAAGUAAAGAAAGAAAGAAGAAGUUAAGAAAAAAAGACAAGGACAGCUAGUGAAAGAAGAAAAGACAUAUAGGAAGAAAGAAAGGAAAUAAAACAGAAAUAGAAAACAAAUAAAAAAUAGGAAGGAAGGGAAGAAGAAAGUAAGGAAGGAAGGAAGGAAGGAAGGAAGGAAGGAAGGAAGGAAGGAAGGAAGGAAGGCAAUAAGCAAGGAGACGAGAUUAAAUAUACAAGUAAGCAUCACUAAGAAGAUACGAAAUGAAGGAAUAGCAAAAGCAGAAAAAGAAAAAAUAAUAAUAAUAAAAAAACACAAACUAGAGAAUUAACGAUAAGGGAAGCCCAGGAAAAGAAUGAUAAAGAUAAAAGAAAAAAAGAAUGAGGAAGGAAAAACCAAAAAGUAAAACUGAUAAGGACUGAAAGAAAGAAAAAAAAAUGAAGAGAAAAAAGAAAGAAAAAAGACAAGGAAAGAACGACAAAAAUUCUGGAAAAAAAUUAAUUAUGCAAAGAGGAAACUAUAAAAAUUACUAGAAAGAAUAGAAUCAGGAAGGAAACAGUUGAACCUUUGUGUCCCGUGUCAUUCUUUCAACAAAUCAUUACCUGCCGUGUCAUGACGCAAUGCUGUGAGAGGAGCGGAAGUCACGCCCGAAGGAAUCAAUUAAGUGUUCAUUGUCUGUGAGGAACCAAACGUGUUAACCCUUCACUGCUACACGCAAAAACAACACUAAAAGCACCAUACAUGAUCUUCACAGCCACAAUGAAGGGAGAGGAAACAAAAAAAGGAUAGAUCAUCAAAUGUGUAACUAGUAUGAUGUUUAGAAAUGGAUGUAUUAUGAUUACAAAAGUUUAUUCCUUUCCCAUGAUUAACUAGAAUUUUUAAAACGCCUUUUUUUUUUCUUUUCGUACUAGUCUCUGAAAUACGUGUUUGUGUAGCCUGGGAAAGAUAAAAUUGUUAUUCAUAUUCCCUUCACCCUCACAUCCGUCUGCACCAUUCUUUACAGUGAAUGCAAUGUUAACAAGAGACGACCGUGGCAGAAAAGGGUUAAAAAAGACUUGUGAUUAAGAAACCUUGUGUCGAAUUGCAGUGAAAGAGUUAAGCGAACGGCAGCUUAUCUUAACCCUUUUUACUGCUACAACUGUUGUCUAAUAUCCCUGGUGCUGUAACACUGUAUUGAGACGCGGGAGAGAAAAGAGAGAGAGAGAAAAAAAAAAACGGUACGGAAAUGUUGAUGAAAGCUUGGCAAAAAGAUAAUGUCUUAAACGUUACAGAUGUUGAAGGGGAUUUUUUUUUUUUACAGUGAAAGAGUUAAAGGAAUGCUGUGUCUCUUUGUCGCACUGUCGCAUUUACGUGAUGUGUAAAUGUGAUGAUUUUUCUCUGCAUUUAUAUAUAUUUUUUUAUGUAAAUUUAUAGGGGAACAUGAACCAACAGGUGAUGAAUAUACAAAUAAAAGAGUUAAUACGUUUAUAAACAAAUGAAUGAGUAAAUUAAGAUCAAUCAAGAAAUAGAUUAAAUUAAAUAAAUGAAUAUAUAUUGAAUUAUUGUAUUUAUUUUGAAGGCAACGAGAAACUGAAUGUAUAGAUAAAUCAACUCACCAAUAAAAUGUAUAGAUGAAUAAAUAGGUAGGUAAAAAAAUGAAUAAAUGUAAGAUGACGAAUUAUGUGUACUUGAAAGACAAUGGAGAUGAAGAUUUGUAUAAAUUAAUGAGUGAAUGAAAGAACAUAUACAUAGAUGAAUAAGUUGAAUAAAUAUAUCAACACAUUAA